GCUCAUUAUAGCUAAUCUAAAGCUUGCAGCUGGGUUUAUCUUAUUCAUGACUGACAACUCCGCGUUUGCAUAUCGAUGCAUUAUCGGAGUUCGCAAAUGAAUUUACACAUAACGAAAUUAACCGAGUCGUGUCCAAAUUGUACACGACUUGACGGGAGACGGUUCUCAAACGAACCCCUUGUUCUAUCAAUAAAAGCGAAGUUCCAUUACUCACUUUCUCCUUGGCGGCACAGAAGCUGUAGCACCCACAAGAUAUGAAAACGUGUUGAGCUGAUCGGCGAUGAGAUGUCUGACGGUGUGUAUGUCGGUCUGCAUAUUCAUCCUUCUAUUUAUCGCCGUUGUUGCUGGAGUUCUUUGUGAGAUAUGCUAUCGUCCGUUUCAAACCUAUCCUAACACCUUCUGUAAUUUUCUGUGGGCUCCAUGCUUGUUGCAACAGCAGUUGCUCUAUUGCAAUUUCUUUCGUAGAUCCACAUCUUUAUAUCGUUUACUAACUUGUGCUGUUUGCCGUAGCUCAUACACUUAAAUUGAGUUUAUCUUUAUUCAUCGUGGUGAGUGUUCUCUCGCGUCAAAAUCAAAGCUCCUCAUUGUCAAAGUUAGUGUUUCAGCUACCAGUGGCACUGGCACUAGUGCGAAAAUGACGUCCCUCGUCCAAGAUGCUAUUAGCGGUGAGAAAUGCGAUGACACGUCGCAGUGGGACGACUACCAUCGAAGAGUUGGCAAUUUUGCCCCUAAAACAAAGCUGCCCUCCUCAGAGCGACUGUUCAAGCGACACCAGAACCAAGUUGAGCUAGCAUGCGCAGACGCGAGAGCAGCGAUGGGGUUGGACGAGGUCAACGGAUUAUUGGAUGUGCAUGAAGGUGAUCGGGGAGAUAGAAACCUCGAUGCAGAUGAAAUAGAUCGAGCUAGCGCGACACUAGUGCAGAAUUAUUCUGCUUCAGCAGUUGUAGUUGUACAAAAACAAACGGAAACUAACGACGACGAUGAAACUGAGCUUCUCGCUAUUCGACGACGCCGCAUGGCUGAGCUUCAGAAACAAGCAUCCCGAAGUAUAUUUGGUACACUGAUUCGUGUACGCAAGGCAGACUUCGUCCGCGAAGUAAACCAAGCAUCGUGCGUUCCGAUCGAAGGGCAGGAGCCAAGAACGUAUUAUAUUUUCACAUGCAUAAGUUAUCGUGACCAUCUUCUGGGCAAGACCAAGUGCAGAGCUGGUGUAUCUGUAUAGGCGGCCACGAUGUAUAAGAAGUAGGCUACUUAAGCAUAAAUCCAUUCAUAAUAUCAUGUCGUGCCAUUCACUUUCCCACUUCUCAUGGUCAGAUCCUUAUCGUCGGACACCAAAAAUGGAUUCGAUGAUGACGACUUCGACUCCUCGCCGCAAGCCGGAAAGGGUGACUCAGCUAUGCCAGAGCGAUCCGAGGCCGCGUUCUUCGCAAAGCAGUGCGCGGCGAGCGUUCCCGCGAACACCAAAUGCGUGUGGGUCGUCGUGUUGCUGAGUGGUGUUGGUUCAGCGUUGGACGAAUCGACCGCGAAGUGUACGGAACAUCUAGCUCGCAAGUUCUCUUCGGUGAAAUUCGUGCAUGCUAGAGCCGAAGAAAUCCUGCCUACCAGCUUCCCUAUUAAAAAGGCUAGUUUAAAGGUGUUCUUGCUUCCGUUUGCUCUGUCUCUCCUAAGGGAUAAAGGCAGAACAAACGGGAAACAGAAACACGAAAACCCUACCUCUAAACCUAGCUCCACUGCGUUGCCAGCAUUGUUCCUGUACAACCGUGGCCGAUGCCAGAGACAGAUUUUUCUGCCCACGUCAGAGCACAGACUACCGCAGCUUCUGCGAACCCUGCAUCCAGAGUCGGCGCUCGUUGUGCAGAGGAAAGUGAUGGAGUACCUGUUGUUUGAGAGUUGCGUUUUGGAGAGUGUGGUACCCAGAAUGGCGACCUCGAAUGCGGGAAGUGCACUGGCGAAUCGCUUGCCGCGGGGGCGACUUGCCUGCUCCGUGGGGUCAGUGCAGAUCGAGCACCCAGCAUCGCUUGGCCUUUCGCGUGAAGACUUCUACGCCAUGAUGCAGGAGGACUCGGCUGAUGAAGACGGCGGCUCAGACGCAGAUGACACUGUCGAAGGAAAAGCGAACGGAGCACCCGCACCCCUUUUCACAAGAAACAAGAUGAAAAGCAGUGGCGCAGGAGUGCAGCUACCGACAGACCGAUGUUACAUCAACAAGGUGAUCCAAAAACGGUCUGAGGAAUCGGGUGGCGCGUAAGUCGGAGGCAUAUGAAUCUCUAGACUUGCUCAACAAGCAGGGCUACUUAUCUUUUGUUUCUAUCCUCCGCCUCCUUGUUGGCGAAACGGAAAAGAUGAACAGAAAUCGAAUCGCAAGUGUAAACACUGUUACCGUGCGCCCGUCAUAGACUUCAAAGUUUAUCCUACGCGGGUCAGUCUCCGUUUCGCUUGCAGGACG